AUGUUGAAGUUUAAGUAUGGCGUACGCAGCCCAUUGGACCCAAGUGCAACUGAGCCCAUCAGUAGCCGGGCCUCCAGGCUGAAUCUUCUUUUCCAGGGUAAAACACCCUUCGUGACUCAACAGCAGAUGUCUCCUCUCUCCCGUGAAGGGAUACUGGAUGCCCUUUUUGUUUUAUUUGAAGAAUGCAACAAUCCUGCCCUAAUGAAGAUUAAGCAUGUGAGAAACUUUGUCAGAAAGUAUUCGGAGACCAUCACCGAAUUACGGGAACUCCAGCCUGCCCUGAAGGACUUUGAAAUAAAAAGUCUGGUGGGCUGCGGCCAUUUUGCUGAUGUGCAGGUGGUGAGGGAAAAAGUCACUGGGGAUGUCUAUGCCAUGAAAGUAAUGAAGAAGAGGUCCUUGUUGGCGCAGGAAGAGGUUUCAUUUUUCGAAGAAGAACAAAGCAUAUUAUGUCGGAGUACCAGUCCUUGGAUCCCUCAGUUACACUGUGCAUUUCAGGACAAAGAGAAUCUUUAUCUGGUUAUGGAAUAUCUGCCUGGAGGAGACUUGCUAUCACUCUUGAAUCGCUAUGAAGAUCAGUUAGAUGAAAGUAUGAUAGAAUUUUAUCUUGCUGAACUGGUUUUGGCCAUUCAUAGUGUUCAUCAGAUGGGAUAUGUUCAUCGAGACAUCAAACCAGAGAACAUUCUUAUCGACCGAACAGGCCAUAUCAAACUGGUGGACUUUGGAGCGGCUGCCAAAAUGACGACAAAUAAAAUGGUGAACUCCAAGCUCCCUAUUGGGACACCCGAUUACAUGGCACCAGAAGUACUGACAGUGAUGAAUGGAGAUGGAAAGGGCAUCCAUGGGCCAGAAUGUGACUGGUGGUCAUUGGGAGUCAUUGCUUAUGAAAUGGUUUAUGGACGAUCACCUUUUACUGAAGGAACCACAGCCAAAACUUUUAAUAAUAUCAUGAAUUUCCAGCGGUUUCUGAAGUUCCCAGAUAGCCCCAAAGUUAGCAGUGAAUUUCUUGAUCUGAUUCAGAGUCUGCUGUGUGGUCCAAAAGAAAGACUGAGUUAUGAGGGUCUCUGCUGCCAUCCAUUUUUCUCAAAAAUUGAUUGGAAUAACAUUCGUAACUCUCCUCCCCCCUUCUUUCCUACCCUCAAGUCUGACGAUGACACCUCUAAUUUUGACGAACCAGAGAGGAAUUCGCGGGCUUUGCCUUUUCCUGGCCAGUUGAACCCUGGAGGUUUCUCUGGUGAAGAUUUGCCUUUUGUGGGGUUUUCGUUCAACAGAGCACUGGGAAUCCUUGGUAGAGCAGAGUCUGUUGUAUCAGGUUUGGACUCUCCUGCCAAGAUUAGCUCCAUGGAAAAGAAACUUCUUAUCAAGAGCAAAGAGCUACAAGACACUCAGGACAAGUGUCACAAGAUGGAGCAGGAAAUGACCCGGUUGCACCGGAGAGUGUCUGAGGUGGAGGCCGUGCUUAGCCAAAAGGAGGUGGAGCUGAAGGCCUCUGAAACCCAGAGAUCCCUCUUGGAGCAGGACCUGGCUACUUACAUCACAGAAUGCAGUAGCCUAAAGCGAAGUUUGGAGCAGGCACGGAUGGAAGUGUCCCAGGAGGAUGACAAAGCAUUACAGCUUCUCCACGAUAUCCGAGAGCAGAGUCGAAAGCUACAAGAGAUCAAAGAACAGGAAUAUCAGGCUCAAGUAGAAGAGAUGAGGUUGAUGAUGAAUCAGUUGGAAGAGGACCUUGUCUCUGCAAGAAGACGUAGUGAUCUCUAUGAAUCUGAGUUGAGAGAGUCUCGGUUAGCAGCUGAAGAAUUCAAACGCAAAGCCACAGAAUGUCAGAACAAAUUGAUGAAGGCUAAAGACCAAGGGAAGGUUGAAGUAGGAGAACUAUAUUCCAAAUUGGAGAAGGUGAAUGCUGAGCAGCAGCUCAAAAUCCAGGAACUACAAGAGAAGCUGGCCAAGGCUGUGAAAGCUAGCUCAGAGGCGACCGAACUGCUUCAGAAUAUUCGCCAGGCGAAGGAACGAGCUGAAGGGGAGCUGGAGAAGCUACGCAACCGAGAAGACUCUUCUGAGGGCAUGAGAAAGAAGUUGUUUGAAGCGGAGGAACGACGCCAUUCUCUGGAGAACCAAGUAAAGAGGCUAGAGACUGUGGAACGCAGAGAAAACAGACUGAAGGAUGAUAUCCAGACUAAAUCACAACAGAUUCAACAGAUGGCUGAUAAAAUUCUGGAGCUGGAGGAGAAGCACCGGGAGGCUCAGGUCUCAGCCCAGCACCUAGAGGUGCAUCUGAAACAAAAAGAGCAACUCUACGAGGAAAAAAUUAAAGUGUUGGACAAUCAGAUAAAAAAAGAUCUAGCUGAUAAGGAGACACUUGAGAAUAUGAUGCAAAGACACGAGGAAGAAGCUCAUGAAAAAAGCAAAAUUCUCAGUGAGCAGAAGGCGAUGAUCAAUGCUAUGGAUUCCAAGAUCAGGUCUCUGGAACAGAGGAUAGUGGAGCUGUCAGAAGCAAAUAAAUUGGCAGCAAAUAGCAGCCUCUUUACCCAGAGGAACAUGAAAGCCCAAGAAGAGAUGAUUUCAGAACUCAGACAACAGAAGUUUUAUCUGGAAACACAAGCUGGGAAAUUGGAAGCUCAGAAUCGAAAGCUGGAAGAACAGUUGGAAAAAAUCAGUCAUCAAGACCAUAGUGACAAAAGUCGUCUCUUAGAGCUGGAGACAAGGCUGAGGGAGGUUAGUCUAGAGCACGAAGAACAAAAGUUGGAACUUAAGCGCCAGCUCACUGAACUGCAGCUCUCCCUCCAGGAGAGAGAAUCUCAGCUUUCAGCAUUGCAGUCGGCUCGAACUGCCCUGGAGAGUCAGCUCCGACAGGCAAAAACUGAGCUGGAGGAGACAACAGCAGAAGCUGAGGAGGAGAUCCAGGCCCUCACGGCACAUAGAGAUGAAAUCCAGCGUAAAUUUGAAGCCCUUCGUAAUAGCUGCACCGUGAUUACAGACUUGGAAGAGCAGCUGAACCAGCUAACUGAGGACAAUGCUGAGCUGAACAACCAGAACUUCUAUUUGUCCAAACAGCUAGAUGAGGCUUCGGGUGCCACUGAUGAGCUGGUCCAGCUGCGCAGUGAGGUGGACCAUCUUCGUCGGGAGAUUACUGAGAGGGAGAUGCAGCUUACCAGCCAGAAACAAACAAUGGAAGCCUUGAAAACCACUUGCACAAUGCUAGAAGAGCAAGUGAUGGAUUUAGAAGCCCUGAAUGAUGAACUUCUGGAGAAGGAACGUCAGUGGGAGGCCUGGCGGAGUGUUCUUGGUGAUGAGAAGUCCCAGUUUGAGUGUCGGGUCCGAGAGUUACAGAGAAUGUUGGAUACUGAGAAGCAGAGCAGAGUAAGAGCUGAUCAGCGUAUCACAGAAUCCCGUCAGGUGGUGGAGCUGGCCGUGAAGGAACACAAAGCCGAGAUCUUAGCCCUCCAGCAGGCCCUGAAGGAGCAGAAGCUGAAAGCUGAGAGUCUCUCAGAUAAGCUCAAUGAUUUGGAGAAGAAGCACACCAUGCUGGAAAUGAAUGCCCGAAGUUUACAGCAGAAACUGGAAACGGAGCGAGAGCUCAAACAGCGGCUUCUGGAAGAGCAAGCAAAGCUGCAGCAACAAAUGGACUUGCAAAAGAAUCACAUUUUCCGCCUGACUCAAGGACUCCAAGAGGCUCUUGAUCGAGCUGAUCUGCUGAAAACAGAAAGGAGUGAUCUGGAAUAUCAGCUUGAAAACAUUCAGGUCCUGUAUUCUCAUGAAAAAGUGAAAAUGGAAGGCACCAUUUCCCAGCAGACAAAGCUCAUUGAUUUUCUACAGGCCAAGAUGGACCAGCCUGCUAAGAAGAAAAAGGGCUUAUUUAGUCGACGGAAAGAGGACCCUGCUUUACCCACACAGGUUCCUCUGCAGUACAAUGAGCUGAAGGCAGCCCUGGAGAAGGAGAAGGCCCGCUGUGCAGAGCUGGAGGAGGCACUCCAGAAAACCCGCAGUGAGCUGCGAUCGGCCCGGGAGGAAGCUGCCCAUCGUAAAGCAGCAGAUCACCCCCACCCGUCCACACCAGCCACGGCGCGGCAGCAAAUUGUCAUGUCUGCGAUAGUGAGGUCGCCAGAACACCAGCCCAACCCAAUCAGUUUGCUAGCUCCACCGUCCAGUCGGAGAAAAGAGUCCUCCACUCCAGAAGAGUUCAAUCGGCGUCUAAAAGAGCGAAUGCACCACAAUAUCCCACACCGAUUCAAUGUGGGACUAAACAUGAGAGCAACGAAGUGUGCGGUGUGUCUGGAUACUGUGCACUUUGGACGUCAGGCAUCCAAAUGUCUUGAAUGCCAAGUAAUGUGCCACCCGAAGUGUUCAACGUGCCUGCCAGCUACCUGUGGUCUGCCCGCCGAGUAUGCCACACACUUCACUGAAGCCUUCUGCCGGGACAAAAUGAACUCCCCAGGACUGCAGCUCAAGGAGCCAAGCACCAAUUUACGUCUGGAAGGAUGGAUGAAGGUGCCAAGAAAUAAUAAACGAGGACAACAGGGCUGGGAUAGAAAGUACAUUGUCUUGGAGGGAUCAAAAGUGCUCAUCUAUGACAGUGAGGCCAGAGAAGCUGGACAGAGGCCAGUGGAAGAGUUUGAGCUGUGCCUUCCCGAUGGGGACGUCUCCAUUCACGGAGCUGUGGGAGCCUCUGAACUGGCAAAUACAGCCAAGACAGAUGUGCCGUACAUCAUGAAGAUGGAGUCUCACCCCCACACCACGUGCUGGCCCGGGAGAACGCUGUACUUGCUGGCCCCCAGCUUCCCCGAGAAGCAGCGCUGGGUCACCGCUUUAGAGGCAGUUGUGGCAGGUGGGAGAGUUUCUAGGGAAAAGGCAGAGGCCGACGCUAAGCUACUCGGGAACUCCCUGCUGAAGCUCGAAGGGGAGGAUCGCCUGGACAUCAACUGUACUCUGCCCUUCAGUGACCAGGUGGUGCUGGUUGGAACCGAGGAAGGCCUUUAUGCCCUGAAUGUCUUGAAGAAUUCCCUGACCCACAUCCCAGGUGUGGGUGCCGUCUUCCAAAUUUACAUCAUCAAGGACCUGGAAAAGCUCCUCAUGAUAGCAGGAGAAGAGAGGGCCUUGUGCCUUGUUGAUGUGAAGAAAGUCAAGCAGUCCCUCGCACAGUCUCACCUCCCCGCCCAGCCGGACAUCACACCCAGCGUCUUUGAAGCCGUCAAAGGCUGCCACCUGUUUGCCGCUGGCAAGAUUGAGAAUGGACUCUGCAUCUGUGCCGCCAUGCCUAAUAAAGUUGUCCUUCUCCGCUACAACGAAAACCUCAGCAAGUACUGCAUCAGGAAAGAGAUAGAAACCUCUGAGCCCUGUAGCUGUAUACAUUUCACUAACUACAGUAUCAUCAUUGGGACAAACAAAUUCUAUGAAAUUGAAAUGAAGCAGUAUACACUGGAGGAAUUUCUGGACAAGAAUGAUCAUUCCUUGGCCCCUGCGGUAUUUGCUUCUUCCUCCAAUAGUUUCCCUGUUACUAUCGUACAGGUGAACAGUGCAGGGCAGAGGGAAGAGUACCUGCUCUGUUUCCAUGAAUUUGGUGUGUUUGUGGACUCUUAUGGAAGACGAAGCCGCACCGAUGAUCUGAGAUGGAGCCGCUUGCCUUUGGCCUUCGCCUACAGAGAGCCCUAUCUGUUUGUGACGCACUUCAACUCUCUUGAAGUGAUUGAGAUUCAGGCACGUUCUUCUUUGGGAACGCCUGCACGUGCUCAUUUGGAAAUUCCAAAUCCUCGUUAUUUGGGACCAGCGAUUUCAUCAGGAGCAAUUUACUUGGCAUCUUCCUACCAGGACAAAUUAAGAGUCAUCUGCUGCAAAGGAAACCUGGUUAAGGAGUCUAGUGGUGAGCACCCCAGAGGGUCUUCCACCUCCCGCAGCAGUCCCAACAAGAGAGGCCCCCCCACCUACAACGAGCACAUCACCAAACGCGUGGCCUCCAGCCCGGCCCCCCCGGAGGGCCCCAGCCACCCCAGGGAGCCCAGCACCCCCCACCGCUACCGGGAGGGCAGAACGGAGCUGCGCAGGGACAAGUCGCCCGGGCGGCCCCUCGAGAGGGAGAAGUCGCCGGGCCGCAUGCUGAGCACCCGCAGGGAGAGGUCUCCCGGGAGGCUGUUCGACGAGAGCAGCAGAGGCCGCCUGCCCGUCGGGGCCGUGAGGACGCCGCUGUCACAAGUCAACAAGGUCUGGGACCAGUCCUCCGUGUGA